AUGAUGCAAGGCAUGCAGGGACAACAACCUCCUGCUCAAGUUCCCGUUCCUCAAGCUGCAACUGGACCUGAUUUUCGUGCCUUCUUCAGGAUGGAUCCUCCGGAGUUCGUUGGUGGACUUGACUCACUCUUGGCUCAUGAUUGGUUAGCUGGUAUGGAGAGGGUGUUUCAAGCUAUUCAGUGUACUGAAGAAGAGAAGAUUCCUAAGGAUUGGCAACACUUCAAAGUGGCAUUCUUGGAGAAGUACUUCCCUAACAGUGUGAGGACUCAGAAGGAACGUGAAUUUCAGAACUUCAAGCAAGGUGACAUGUCUGUCUCAGAAUAUGCAGAGAAAUUCGAGGACUUGGCAGACUACUCCAGACAAGCUGUUUAUGCUCCAGAUGAACUAUGGAAGAUUGAUCACUUGAAGAGGGUUCAAGAGGAGAGGAACCAGAACAGGACUAACUUUAGGGAGCAAGGGAGGUCUGCCCAAAACUUGAGGCCCCGUAAUCCUCCCCCAAAGAUGAAGCAAAGCCACGGUGACCGUUUUCCCCGACCACCCUUUUGUGAUAAGUGUAGGAAGAAGCACACUGGAAAUUGUGAAGCUUAUCCGGGUAGAUGUUUUGAGUGUGGCGAGCAAGGUCACAUGAUGAGGAAUUGUCCGAAGAAGAGAGCUCCAGAGAAGACUGCAGGUCGAGUUUACACUUUGGAUUCGAGAAAGGCCAAGGGAAACAACAAUCUCAUUGCGGCUACUCCAUUAUCCAAUCCUAUGAUUAUUUCUUCGGCAACGGAUGAUACCGUGGAAGCUCGACUAAUUUGUAAAGAUUGUUCAGUCUCUUUUAACGGUCGUGACUUCCCGAUUGAUCUAAUUUGCUUACCCCUCAAAAAGCUUGAUGUUAUUCUAGGGAUGGAUUGGUUGUCUCUUAACUCUGUAUACAUUGGUUGCAAAGAGAAGGCCAUAUUCAUUCCUGCUGAAGAGACUUCUUCUGACGAUGCAAUUGCCAAGUUGAUAGAAGGAUAUCACCUCUCUUCCUCCGGAAAGAGAAGCGGAAUUCUCGAUCGAUCUUGUUCCUGGGACAGCCCCAGUUUCCAUCACUCCUUAUAG